CCUCAUUACCUGGUAUACUUUAAUAUAUAACCAGAUAUAAAUGCAGCAUUUUAAAUAUAUUCAUCUACGCUUCAACGGAAGACGCUUCUAGCAACACCCGAAUGAUCAGUAUGGCUGGCAGUGGAGAAGUGGACUGCUCAGUGAAUACAGCCGCUUUAACCAAGCUGAUAGAGGAAGUAGGAGAUACUAGUGAUUCAGCCCCCUCCAGUUCCAACCCCACCUCUGAAUGUGCCAUCUGCUUGCAGAGCUGCAUCCACCCCGUACAGCUACCCUGCUGCCAUGUCUUCUGUUUCCUCUGUGUGAAAGGAGCAUCUUGGCACAGUAAGCGCUGCGCUCUCUGCCGACAAGAAAUCCCAGAGGACUUCCUGGAGCGGCCUGUCCUCCUCUCGCCUGAAGAACUGAAAGCAGCAGCUGCAGGGGCGAGCCGAGGUGUGGGGACAGGUGUUGGUGGAGACUUUGCUUGGUACUAUGAGGGGCGCAAUGGCUGGUGGCAAUACGAUGAGAGGACAAGCCGUGAGCUGGAAGAGGCCUUCUCAAAGGGCAGGAAGAGCACAGAGAUGCUGAUAGCGGGGUUUCUUUAUGUGGCCGACCUGGAGAACAUGGUGCAAUAUCGCCGGAAUGAGCAUGGACGCAGGCGCAAGAUGAAACGGGAUGUUGUAGAUAUCCCAAAGAAGGGAGUCGCAGGACUCAGGUUAGAACCUGAACCUGCUCCUAACUCUGCUUUACCAGUUGCCUCUUUAGUUGCAACAGAACGAGUCAGUUCAGCUGAUGGAUCAGACACUACAGGUCAGUCACAGUCCUCAUCCUUUGGGAUGCUACUUUCUCUUCCCCCUGUUAGACCUCCAACACUCUUGGGACGCCAUCCUACCAGUCCACUUUCUCCCUCUACCUUAUCCGUCGAAGAGUCUUUCUCCCAGCUUCUAUUGAGCCAGCCAGAGGGUGAACAGGUGGAAGGAGAUGAUGAGACAUAUGCGUAUGCAUCUGGAAGCAGUGACAGUGAAGAGGAGAGCGAAAGAACAGAGUCGAUGCCAUACAGUAGACCGAGGCAAAGACCGCCAAGAGACAGACAGCCCUCCAGGAUGCCUCCAGGGGGAGGGGACUCGAGGUCUGCACUCAGUCUCCGCUCACGUAGUCCUGAUGGACAGUGCACUGUAACAGAAGUGUGACUAUGGACUCGAAUGAUGUCUCUGCAACCUGCUUGACAAAAAAAAGUUUGAAAAAAAAUUCAUGAAAUGUAAAAAAACAACUAUAAUCACGUGCCAAACAUGAUUCGCUAAUGAUUUUCUCCUUAAUGCAUAUAAUGUGUUUUAUUGAAUUAUCUCAGCCCAUCAGUUGUGUUCAUAGUUUCCUCUAGGAUCAGGAAAAAAUAAAUCCAAAGCAGAAUUGCAUAAAACAAUGAAAAAAGUUGAAGCAUUGAUGCCCUUUCAAAAUUCAAUUGACACAUAAAUGAACGGCUUUUGGCUAACACUUAUUUCAAAUGUGAUACAUGCAUAAACGAGUAACUAUGAUUAGUCUCAGAAACAGGUAACAGUAAAGCGAAGCAAAAGACCUUUGUUCCUUGUUAUUUGUGAUCAGUUUGUGACAUGGCUAUAGAAAUGUCUUUGAUAUAAUGAACAUCCUCUCUGUUUCCUUAUCUUUUGACCUCCAGCUUAACAUGCAUGAUAUUUAUUUGGGGGUUUUUUCUUCCCCUUUUUUUUGAGUGAAGGUGUUAAAAUCAAGCCUAAAUGUAGCACCUUUGUAGUUACAGAAAGUUGAAACUGCUCCCUGUUACAUAUUUUUUUGUUAAGAAGUUUAAAUCAAGUAGUAGUUAAUAACUAUUUGAACCUGAGUUUGUAUGUUUAAGCAUGUGAGGAGUAAAGAGUGUGAAUUCCCCUCUG